AUGCUUCUCAAUUUAUCUUAUCAGGAAGAAUGGAGAACAGACAUCAAAUCUCUUCGCGCUGACACUCUUAAAAAACUAAAGAAAGAACUCUCUGAGUUGGAAAGAGAGCCUAAAUACCUUGAAAUUUUGAUGCCACCAUUGGUUGCAAAAUGGCAGCAGCUUUCAAACUCAGACAAAGAUCUUUUCCCACUUUUGGAGUGCUUUACAUCCAUAACACAUAUAAGACACGAAGUUCUCAACUUGAUUAGACGUACAACGCAUUUUAACAUUAUCAAAGGAAUUGCUCGAGGACUUCUUUAUCUGCAUCAAGAUUCACGAUUAAGAAUCAUCCAUAGAGAUCUUAAAGCUAGCAAUGUUUUACUUGAUUUGGACAUAAACCCUAAGAUAUCAUACUUUGGCAUGGCUAGAAGCUUUGGAGGAAACGAGACUCAAGCAAACACACAGAGAGUUGUUGGCACAUAG